UCAGUGUGGCCAGCUUCACUGAGCGUCAUGGCUUCUAUAUUGGCAGCCCCGCUAAUUCUAGGAGUACCGGCGGAAAUCUACUUCUACGGGGCCCAGUUUUCGUACUUUGUGCUGGGCAUUAUGGUGGCAAUCCCCAUAUUUGCCCACCUCUUCUUGUCAAGGUUUUACAAAUUGGAGAUAUCAAGUAUAUAUGAGUAUUUAGAGUACAGAUUCAGCAAACCUGUCCGAUCGUUAUGUUCGGCUAUAUUCGCUCUCAGUCUUAUAGUCCACAUUGGAAUCAUAACGUACGCACCGGCCAUUGUUCUGUCGGAAAUGACCGCAAUAUCAACACAGCUGGCAGUUUUUGGCGUUGGUUUCAUUGGGAUCGUGUACACAACUGUGGGUGGCUUGAAGGGGGUAAUAUGGGUUGAUGCCAUACAAAUGCUGAUCAUACUGGCCAGCCUGCUGGGCCUGAUUAUUAAAGGCAGUCUCAACGUGGGCGGGUUCGGGGAGGUCAUGAGGAUCAAUUACCAGUGGGGUAGAAUAGAGGGACCAUCAUUCUCUGUGAUUCCAAGUGAACGCCACACGGUUUGGACGCAGAUGAUUGGCGGGGGUAUGAGUAUUCUGGCCCUCUACAACAACCAAGCCAUCGUGCAAAAAUUCUUGGGUCUCAAAUCUCUUAAACAUGUCUAUAUCACCGCCUACAUUUCGAUGGUGGUCAGCUGUUUGUACUUCAGCAUGUUCGUCUUCAUUGGGCUGGUCAUCUUCGCCAACUACUCCACUUGUUCUCCCUUCUUGAAUGGAGCCAUCAGUUUCGCUAAUAAAGAUAAUCUGGUACCAUAUUUUGUCCUGUCCGUAUUUCAAGACUACCCUGGUAUGGCCGGCCUAUUCACUGCUUGCGUAUUCUGUGCAUCCCUCAGGUUUGUCAUCCAUUACAUAAAAUUUAGUUUAAUUUAG